AUGACUAGAGAAGAAAGCGAGAAUGGAAGGGAAGACAUGUUGAUUGAUGGACAGAAGCAGGGAAAUGUUUCCAUCCCUAACGAGUUUAACGUUAACUACCUCAAACUUUAUUAUGCAAAGCUUUUUCCUUAUGCUGAGAUGUUCAAAUGGAUGUCCUAUGGACAUGACGGGAAGCAUCCGGCUUGUGACAGGUCUUACUUCAGCCGGAGAGAGUUUUCUUUUACACUGGAAAAUGAUAUUUAUCUUCGGUAUCAGUCUUUCAAUAGUGUGGUUCAACUUGAAAAUUCAAUCAAAGAGAAGUGCCCCUUUAAAAUUGACAUCGGUCCUGUUUACAGUGUAGAUCCUGCUAAGAAGAAUGCCUAUGCCCAAAGUGGUGAUAAUGUUUUUACUCCAGUGGAGAGGGAGCUAGUUUUUGAUAUUGAUAUAACAGACUACGAUGAUGUUAGAUAUUGCUGCUCUGGAGCUGAUGUUUGCUUGGAAUGCUGGCCUUUAAUGACAAUUGCUAUUAAAGUGAUUGAUACUGCACUUAGAGCUCAACCUCCAGUCACAGUGAAGUAUAAUCCAGUAAGGGUUGCUUUUCCCUUCUUUUUUUCUCCAUCUCUCGCUGGUCAAUUUAUAGGCAUAAAGAUGACUUUGGCUUUAACCACAUUCUAUGGGUUUAUAGUGGCCGGCGUGGUGUCCAUUGCUGGGUUUGCGAUGGAAAAGCAAGAAGGUAAAGCAUCUUAUAAGCUGUUUACCAAUGAACAGAGAGCAGCCAUUGCUGAUUAUUUUAGAGUAUACAAUGGAAAUGAAAAUAGCAAUAAAAAGGUUUCAUUGACUGGUGCUGCUCUUCAUCCUUUCCUCACGAGAUCGUAUUCUGAAGUUCUUGAGCACUUUUUUGAGACAAAAUUGCUUCCCUGUCAGAAUAUAUUUUCAACCGAGGAUAGAUAUGAGAAGAUUCUGGAGAUGAUUCCGGACGAAUCUGUUACUUCUGAACUUCGGGGAAAGUGGCAGACUAAGCGAUGCUCAAAAGAAGACAUUAAUAUUGUUCGAUGGGAACAGCUAAAGAACACACUGCGAUCUGGGAAACAUAAACAUAAAGCACAAGGGCUGCAUAGGUGUGUUGAAGAGAUUGUGUUUUCCUAUACCUAUCCCAGGCUUGAUAUGGAGGUCUCAAGGCACAUGAACCAUUUGCUGAAGGCACCUUUCUGCGUACAUCCAAAAACAGGACGUGUUUGUGUGCCAAUUGAUCCAAACCAUUGUGAUGAAUUUGAUCCAAUUGCUGUGCCAACUCUUUCUCGGUUAUUUGAAGAACUUAACAUGGGAGUAAUGAGAGCAGAUGAUGGCAAUGGAAAUACUGAUGUUGAGUCAUGUUUAUUGUAUUUGCAUUACCAUUUGGAUGCUACUUCAGAAUUUCUUUAUCAUAGAAUCGUUCUCUCAUCCAAGGAAAAGAAUGUCUCUGGAAUACCCGUUGGUUACUGGACCAAAAGUUUGAACCGUAGGAAUUUGAACCAACCAAUUGUUUCGGAAGUUCUGGCUACGUUUGAAGUUGGACUGGGUUGGGACGACGGGGCUGAAAGCUAUAGAGUGUAA